AAACAAAAAGCAUCUGACUGUCAAAUGCACAGGGUGUACCGGGCCGGUUGACGAACCGGUUCCAACCGGUUCUCCGUCUGUCUCUGACAGCUGUCAAAACACCAAGCUAGCACUGUUUGCCGCAUCCGAAAAAUAAACCAAGCAGCCGGAGGCUUUGUGGAAAAUAUAGGUAAAAGGUGCGAGUUUCCGUUGAUAAAUCAUGUCUGGCCAGUUUCCGGGAGGGUAUCAGAGCCCUAGUGGGCAUCGGGGCAAUUAUAAUAGCCCGAUAAUUCAGCAACAUCUCAAUCAAAUGAACGUUCCCAACCAAAUGGGCAUGAUGGGCUUCAACCAAAAUAAUGUGAUGAACAACCCACAAAUGCAAGGCGUACCCGGGCAGGGCAACCAGGAUAUGGGGCUCAACGCCGGUAUGAUGCAGCAAAACGCACAACAACAGCAGCAGCAGCAGCAAGCCGCACAAGGAAUGCAACCCAACCCGCAGCAGAUACCGGUGAACCAGCACCAACAGGGACAAAACCAAAUGGUUGGACAGAAUCCAUCCCAUCAAGCUAACCAACCCACGCCCCAGAUGGGUAUGCAGCAACCGGGCGGUAAUGUUGGACCCGGCAACGUAAUGAACAACCCCCAGGCGCAGAACCAAUCCGUGCCGCCGAAUCAACCCGGCGGCGGUGGAACGACCGUACAGCAGCAACAGAAGGCCGAAUUUAAUCUACUCUCCCUGUGCCGGAUCGGGCAGGAAACGGUUCAGGACAUUGUGAGCCGAUUUCAGGAAGUGUUCGGUAUACUGCGCUCUAUACAACCACCGAACGGUACGAACCAGGGGCAGCUGUCGAGCAAUGACAAGAAGGCGAAGGUGCAGGAACAGUUCCGAACGAUUCGCUUACUGUUCAAACGGUUGCGGCUGCUGUACGACAAGUGUAACGACAAUUGCCAACAAGGCAUGGAGUACACGCACGUGGAAAGCUUGAUUCCGCUCAAGGGUGAAAUCGAACGGACCGAACCGGUGCAUACGGAGGAGUACAAGAAGGCGCUGCAGGAAAACCGGGAGCUGGUGGCAAUGGUGCAGCUCAAGAACAAACAGUUGCGGGAGAUUAUCGACAAAAUACGGCUCACUAUAUGGGAGAUCAACACGAUGCUAAGUAUGAGACGAUGCUAACGUGUGUGUGUGGGAAGAGUAUAGCUUGUAAGAUAAUGUAAUAAUAUGAUAAAACACUCCAUUAUAACGCUCUCAAAUGCGUGUUUGAUAGUAGCAAAUACAGGUUAAGAAAUAUUUUUCUAUGCAACCAUGAAGAACCGUAAUGUUUCGAAUUGACUGCAAGUGUG